GGGUCCUUCGCAGAACAUCCGAACUGUGCUGAGCAAGAUCAGUAGCCAGCAGGCGCAAUAUCUAGUCGAUCACGAGUACGAAAUCAUGUCCGGAACAAACUUCAAACCGGAGGAGAAACCUGUGGCCCCGAUCAUUAUUUGCGCAAAAGCCGCCAAGAAGCAGCUAGAGGAAACAAAAACACUCACAGCAACUCUGGAAAACCGGAAAGUCGAAAUUGGAUAUCUCAAGCUGGCGGCCAAACUCAAACAAAACGAACUGUCCGAAAUGUAGAUUCGCAAGGACUUGGCCGAGAAGAAGCUGUCGGUGCUUCAGCAGGAUCACGAAACGAACACCGCCCGACUGCAGAAACAGUACGACGAAGUCUGCCAGCGGCUCAAACAGAAAUAGAAGGAAUUCGAAGGAACUACAGAAACGAUAUCGAUUUAUUGGAAAGCGGAAAGAGCAGCCUUCGCGACAAACUCAAGUCUUAAAGCUCAAAGAAGGGCGAUCUCAAGACCUCAACCGUUCUCGACAUCUCCGCCAGUUCACUCUACAUUUCCCAAGCGCUGUCGCUGCUCAAGAUGGCUUUCUUUGACGAACGCUCCGAGCUGUUGAAAGCUCAGGCCAACGAGUACAAGAAGAUUCUAGCCAACCUGGAACCGCUGCACGUGCCUCAGCCCAAGGAUGAGCGAAUUGAACAGCUGGAGCAGGAGAUCACCAAGGUGAACCACGGCUGGAUAAUGUCCCUUGUCCGCGGCGCAGAAAUGCCCGUGACCAGGACGUCCAAGGCGAUCAUCGACAACGAGAACCAACAGAAGCGCAAUCAGCAAUGAACAUCAAAGGUUAAGUGCGACUGCUUAUUUUAAGAUCGGUACGAAAAACAUGAACGGGCUCUGUUGAAGCUUCCCAGCCAUUAUACUCCAUUCAUAACUAUUCAAUGCGGCCAUUGCUUUAAAUCAGCCUCUGACUCGAUUUAUGUGUAAACUUUUAAACUGUUUUUUUUUGUAAAUUUUCAAUCUAAAAAAAAAACUUGUACCGACUAUGGUUCAGCGAGAAAGAAGCGAUCUGGAAUACGACUUAUCGUCCGAUGGGGGAGAUCAGAGCCGCAACACGCCCAGCAAUGGCUUCCGGGAUCGCUCUCGCGACAUUGACCGCAGCCAACAGAACGCCGAAGAUAUGGCCAGGUAUCUACUAGAACGGGCAACGUUGUAUUGGAACUUGUUCAUCACAGUGACCAACAACCUGAUGGAUCGGUAUCACGUGAAAGAAAUCGCCACUGCAAUCUACGAUGGACUGAAGAAGUAUCCCCUGCUGGUCCUGUCGAUUACUGCCGUAUUUUUCAUCCUAUCGUUACCGUUCAUGAUCUUUGUAUUUUUCACGUUGGCUACGACAAUCAUGACCCUUACCGGGUUUGUGCUGAUCGAAGGAACACUGAUAACCGUGGCGUCGAUGCUGCUGAUUGGAGUACUGAUCGGUGUGGGGUGCCUCUUGGGCACAAUCGGAUUGGUGUUUCUGGUGGGCUAUUUCGUAUUUCCAAGACGUACGACUGGUUGGACAGGUGGGGCGAACAAGGAAUUAGGAGUUUUGGUACGCGACAUGCUCGGAAGGAAAAGUAAAUUAAAAUCUGUGAAAUGUCUCUCUUGUUCUAACGUGGUAAGUCAAGUUACGGGCUCUCUGCUUGGUUCAUGUGCUCAAUAUUAGAUUGAAGUAUUGUAUUCUAUGUAUGCAUAAAUGGAAAAGUAUUACCAUGUAUUAUAUUACAUGGUGGUCGUUGAAAAUAAAAUUGUUUUAAAUAUAUAUAAAAAAUAAAUAAAUAAAAAUGUUAUAAAUUAUGCAAUAAAAAAGUUGACAAUUUAAAUGACUCUGUACUGAUAUUUUUGUUUGAAACAUAUUUUAUCUUUCUCCUUUUAAAUUCUCUUCAAUGGUUGUUUAAAUUGCUUUUGUCAAUUCCAAAAUUACAAUACCUAAUAACUCAAUCUGCAAGGGAAAACUCGAUUUUAAAUCAUAAAUAUGAUUUAAGAUCGAAAAAGGAUACAAAAGCAAUUAAAUCAACCAUUGAACAGAAUUUGUGAUUCCUUUUUUUCUUUUCAAUCGCUUAGAUUACAUAGCUUGCAUAUUACAUCGCAUCGAUUACAUCGUAGUAUGUACGUUGAAAUUAUUACAUCGGAAAAAUUACAUCAGUCGUGUUUAUUACACCAAUAGCUCGCGAGUACGUCGGGCUGUGUAAUAUAACACGACCAAGGGAACGACUUGGUUGCAGCGGUUUCGAUGUAAUAUUCAACAA